AUGGACGAAGAAAACUACCAAGCUGAAAACAAUAGUGGCGGUGAUGUCGUUCCCGACACACUAGUGACUCCGAAGGUCUCCAACUACCGUCUACCUCGCUUCAAUUCGCGUCGCAUGAGUUCCAGUGAUCAAGACCUGCUCCCUCGGACGAAUAGCAUGUUCCCAUAUCCCCAGGAGCUCACGAAGGACAACUUGACAAGUGCUGAGGCUCUGAUGGCCGACGGAGUGUUCACCAUGAACUCAACGUUGUCUUCAGUCAUCGAGGAAGCUUUAGGCCAUCCAAUUCCUGGCUUGAAAGUACGCUUCCGUAACCUCGAAUUGUCAGCAAAGGUACCACAAAUUAAGAGUGGGGGGUUGGAAGUUCCGACACUUUGGACUCAAAUGCAGCAAGGAGUAACAAGUCUCUGUGCACCGAAAAAGAGUGGUCUAAUGGCGGAGAAGAAGAUCUUGCGUGGCAUCAGCGGCGUGUUCAAACCCGGUCGCAUCACGCUCGUUCUGGGUCAGCCUGGAUCAGGCAAGUCUUCACUCAUGAAGGUGCUCGCUAACCAGUUCCAUAUGGACAAGAAUAUCACGCUGAACGGAGCCAUUGAGUACAGUGGCAAGGACCGCACUGAGCUGUUGGAAGUCUUGCCACGCUAUGUCGCGUACGCCAACCAGAUCGACGAUCACUAUCCUCGGUUGACAGUCCAAGAAACCUUCGAGUUCGCGCAUCGAUGUUGCGCAGGCAAAGGAUUGGAGCCCUGGGUGGUCGAAGCACUCAAGCAUUGCACACCAGAGCAACGUGAGCACGCUCUGGAAGUCAUGACAGCUCACCACAAGUUCGCACCGGACGUGACAGUCAAGAAACUUGGUCUGGAAAACUGCAAAGACACCGUCGUGGGCAACGCCAUGCUCCGUGGCGUGUCUGGGGGCGAGCGUAAGCGUGUUACUACGGGCGAAAUGACUGUGGCUUGGAAGAGACUGCAACUUCUGGACGAGAUCAGUACAGGCCUCGAUAGCGCUGCCACGUACGAUAUCUGCAAGUCCAUGAAGAGCGCUGCUCGCAACUUCAACGCCACCGUGGUAAUCUCGCUGCUUCAGCCGUCUCCCGAGGUCUUUGAGCUGUUCGACGAUGUGUUGCUUUUGAACGAAGGCACCAUCAUGUUCCACGGCAAGCGAGAAGACGCUGUGCCGUACUUUGAACGCAUGGGUUUCCACUGUCCCCCUCGUAAAGAUGUGGCCGACUUCUUGCUGGAUCUUGGCACAGACAAACAAGACGUCUACGUUACUGGAGAUGCCAGCGUUCCAUACCAAUCAGCCGACUUCGCUAAGCUCUUCACGGACUCGGAUAUAUUCCAGAAGACAUUGAAGCGCCUUGAUGCGAGUACAGACGCCAUGGUAUUCGCCGAUCUCAAGCCGUUCCGUCAAACGUACACUGAAGAUCUGGCCACACUACUCCAGCGACAAGUGAUGCUUACACUGCGUGACACGACGUACAUCAUGGGACGCGCUGUCAUGGUUAUCGUCAUGGGUUUGCUGUACGGCUCGACAUUCUGGCAGAUGGACGACACGGACAGCCAGCUGAUGUUGGGUCUGCUCUUCUCGUGCGCCAUGUUCCUGUCCAUGAGUCAGGCGUCACAAGUAUCGACGUACAUGGACGCCCGUAGUGUCUUCUACAAGCAACGCGGCGCCAAUUUCUUCCGGACGAGCGCGUACGUGUUGGCCACAUCGAUCACUCAAAUCCCGCUCUGCAUAAUGGAGACAGUGAUGUUUGGCGCUAUUGUCUACUGGAUGGGCGGGUAUGUCGAUGCGGUUGACCGGUUUACCGUGUUCCUGGUCACGCUGUUCCUGUGUCAGAUGUGGUUCACGAGUUUCUUCUUCUUCUUGUCCAGUGCGUCACCCAAUCUGACUAUUGCACAGCCCGUCAUGUUCGUCGUUGUGCUGUUCUUCAUGCUGUUCGGUGGCUUCUUGAUCGCCAAAGAUGACAUCCCGGACUACUUGAUUUGGGUAUACUGGAUCGAUCCCCUGGCCUGGUGCAUUCGAGCGCUGAGUGUCAACCAAUAUUUGGCCCCAAAGUUCGACGUUUGUGUCUACAAAGGUACCGACUACUGUGCUGAAUACAGUCAAACAGUGGGGAAGUACACGUUGAGCGUGUUCAACCUGGAGACGGAGUCAAUGUGGAUCUGGUACGGCUGGAUCUACUUCAUCGCUGGCUACUUCGCGUUCGUCUUCAGUUCGUACUUCAUGCUCGAGCACAAGCGCUACGAGAGUCCCGAAAACGUCGCUGUUGUGGAGCAAGACGAGCAGGCCGCGCAUGACCAAAUGGUCUACAACCAGAUGCCCAAGACCCCCAAGGAACACCAGAACGUCAUUGAGAUCCACGACGUUGACGAUGUUAUCGGUGGCGUCCCUACCAUCAGUGUUCCUACUCUACCGACUGGCCGCGGCAUUUCUGUGCCCGUGACUCUGGCUUUCCACGAUCUCUGGUACUCGGUCCCGCUCCCUGGUGGUUCCAACGAUGAACAAAUUGAUCUGCUCAAGGGCGUCUCUGGUUUCGCUCUACCUGGUACGAUGACGGCGCUCAUGGGAUCCUCUGGUGCUGGUAAGACGACGCUGAUGGAUGUCAUUGCUGGUCGCAAAACUGGUGGUAAGAUUCAGGGCAAGAUUCUGCUCAAUGGCCACCCGGCCAACGACCUCGCCAUCCGUAGAUGCACGGGAUACUGCGAGCAGAUGGACAUUCACUCCGACUCGGCUACAGUUCGUGAAGCGCUGAUCUUCUCGGCCAUGUUGCGUCAGGAUGCCAGUAUCUCGACUGCGCAGAAGAUGGAGUCUGUGGAAGAGUGUAUUGAACUGCUGGAGCUUGGACCCAUCGCUGACAAGAUCAUCCGCGGGUCGUCCACGGAGCAGAUGAAGCGCGUGACCAUCGGCGUGGAGUUGGCAGCUCAGCCCAGUAUCAUCUUUAUGGACGAACCGACGAGUGGGUUGGACGCUCGCUCGGCCAAGUUGAUCAUGAACGGUGUUCGCAAGAUCGCCGACUCGGGCCGUACCAUUGUGUGUACGAUCCACCAGCCUAGUACGGAGGUGUUCAACCUGUUCGACUCGCUCCUUUUGCUUCGUCGUGGUGGUCGCAUGGUGUUCUUCGGUGAAUUGGGCAAGGAGUCCAAGAAUUUGAUCAACUACUUUGAGGCAUUCCCUGAAGUAAACCCGAUCAAGCCUGGCUACAACCCCGCUACGUGGAUGCUCGAGUGUAUUGGUGCUGGUGUUGGCGGAGGCAAGGCUGCUGCUGGCGCUGAUCCGACGCAGCCGAUGGACUUCGCCGAUCGCUUCUUGGUGAGUGACCAGAAGGCGUUGAUGGAGGAGGAUCUCGACCAAGCAGGCGUGCUGUACCCGUCUCCGCACCUGCCUGAGCUCAAGUUCGACACCAAGCGCGCGUCGAACUCAGCCACUCAAUUCGAUCUGCUGUGCCGUCGCUUCUUCCGCAUGUAUUGGCGUACACCAGCGUACAACCUCACGCGUUUGGCCAUCAGUUUAGUGUUGGCUUGUGUCUUCGCUAUCAUCUAUCAAGGUACAGACUACACCACGUACACAGGCGCCAACGCCGGAGUGGGUCUGAUCUUCGUGAGUUCGCUCUUCCUGGGCAUCAUCGGCUUCAACAACGUCAUGCCAGUAGCUGCCGAGGAACGCACCGCCUUCUACCGUGAACGAGCGUCUGAAACGUACAACGCGUUGUGGUACUUCAUCGCCGGAACUCUGGUGGAAAUCCCCUACAUCUUCGUCGCGAGUCUGGUCUUCUGCGUUAUCUUCUUCCCCAGUGUCGGCUUCACGGGAUACGCCACGUUCGUCUAUUACUGGCUCGUCAUCUCGCUGAAUACGCUCGUGUUCGUGUACUUGGGCCAACUCUUGGUGUUCGCGCUGCCCAGUGUCGCUGUGGCAGCUACUCUCGGAUCGCUCUUCAGUGGAAUUUUCUUGUUGUUCGCUGGUUACAACCCUCCAGCCAGCAGUAUUCCAACCGGCUACAAGUGGGUCCACUACAUCUCGCCGCCCACCUACACGAUCGCGAUCUUAAUCGCUCUUGUGUUCGCCGACUGCUCCGACGGAAGUGCAGACGGCAUCGGCUGUAGGAAGCUGGCGAACUCUCCUCCUUCUGUCGGUGAUGUGACGUUGAAGGCGUACGUUGAAGACAACUUUGACAUGAAGCAGGACGACAUUUGGAGAAACGUUCUGAUUCUUCUCAUCUUGAUCGUGGCCUUCCGUGUGCUCGCCUUGUUCUCGCUGCGCUACAUCAACCACCUCAAACGUUAA